AUGGAUUGCAUUGAGAACGAGAAGAAAAUGAUCUGGGGCCAAUAUAUGGAUUUCAAUGGAGACAUUACGGUGCUAGGUGACAUGGGACUUGAUACUCAUGUUUAUAAAAAUCACGUGGAAGCAUUGAAAGAACAGAUAUCCAGGGAACCCAGAAAAUUUCCCAAACUUUUGCUUAAAGACAGAUGCAUAAAUAACGGUGGAGAAUAA